GGCUCCUGAAGGGAGUGAUGAAGCUUUCUCCGCUCCGGGCCAGGGCUCACACUGCGGCCAGGGUGUAGAACGGCGUCGGAGGUCCCUCCAGUGACCGGUUCAGCCAACCGGCGAUCCCCGUCCUCACCUAAAGCCAGGCUGCAGUAGCUGGAUGAUUGCGGUAUCGUGUCUGACCAUCGCCUUCCUGCUCCACCUCACCUGGGGGCUGGACUUUGUGGUUGGCCCCACCAACCUCACCAUCUCGCUGGGUCUGAACGCCCAGAUGCGAUGUCAGUUGAAGGGGGUCUCCAGGUUGCCCACCAUCCAUUGGCUAAAGGAUGGCAAGGAGCUGCACAAUGCUGAUUUCACCAGCGUGCCCCUCGGCGAGGACGAGGUGCUGAGCGUCAUCAGGUUAAGGGAAGUACAGCAGACAGACAUGGGCUGGUAUUGGUGCAUGGCGAUUGUGCAAGGAGUUCACAUCAAUUCAAAGAAGGCCUUUUUAACUGUCGAAGGGUUGCCAUAUUUCACAAUCCAGCCACAGGAUAUGUAUGUAUUUAAAGAUGAGCCCUUUAAUUUAACGUGUGCUGCUACUGGUCGGCCAAAGCCUACGGAGAUUUUAUGGAAGAUCGCUGGGGUCUUAGUUGAAGAAACAUGGAAUGAAUCCCCUUCUGUACUCACUGUUAAAGGGAUUGAAAGCCAGACCACCUUCACUUGUGAAGCACAUAACGCAAAGGGAGUUGCCGUCUCCAGGACAGCGAGCGUCUAUGUCAAAGUUUCACCAGACAAGCCCACCAAGUUGAGGAUCGAUGACCAGACCUCCAACAGCGUCAGUGUCUCCUGGGCUGUCACCUUCAACGGCUUCUCAUCACUACACAACUGCACUGCUCAGGUUUUUGAUCCCAACAAGCUCAAUGUUAGUUCAAACACUAACGUCUCCUUUGAGGUGACUUUUCCUGUGCCACCGUACAGCUACACAAUCAGAGGACUGAGCCCGUUCACAACCUGUGGCGUUCGGCUCCGCUGUAGCAACGAGGUUGGGCCCUCGGAGUUUAGCGAGUGGACGCAUUUUCGGACAUCUGAAGGAGCUCCAAGUGCGUCACCAAAGAAUGUGACAUACUCCUACAACGGCUCAUUGUUGGUGAUACAGUGGAAUGAGCUGCCAGCGAGGGAUAUACAUGGCAUUCUUCUUGGAUAUGUAGUGGAAUGGAGCAGGCCGGAGGGAAAAAAGGAGAUCCCAGUCGAUACAGGAACCCAAGCUAUCCUACACCCCUUCGAUCCGUCUGAAAAGCAUUCAUUUCGGGUGUGUGCACUGACUGCAGGUGGCAGGGGCCCGUGGAGUGCACCAGCGCUUCCCUUAGGUCAGGAGCAAGAGUCCAGGAGACAAAGGCCACGGAUCUCAUGGGCACCUUUGAUAAUUGGCAUCCUGUGCGCAGUCUUAACUCUAAUCAGUGUGCUGCUUGUUGUGUACCACAUCCGGAAAAAGGAGAUGCAGUUUGGAGCUGCCUUUGCUCCGGCUUCUGCACCCGAUGGAGUGGGCCAGGUGGUACAGUACAGGGCAGGAAGAAGCUACAAUCGCAGAGGAGCAAUGCGCAUUGAGGCCACAUUUGACACUUUGGGAAUCAGUGAUGGUUUGAAGCAGAAGCUGGAAGAUAUUUUCAUCCAUGAGAAGCAACUUGAACUGGGUCGGACACUGGGAAGAGGAGAGUUUGGCUCGGUCAAGGAGGCAUAUUUAAAGAUGGAGGAUGGGUCCACCCAAAAAUUGGCCGUGAAAAUGCUGAAAACUGAAAUCAGCGCACCCGGAGACAAUGAGGAGUUCCUGCGAGAGGCAGCCUGCAUGAAGGAAUUCGACCACCCGAACGUCAUUAAGAUCAUUGGAGUGAGUCUCCAGAGUCGACCUCACCGGCGGCUUCCCGUUCCCAUGGUCCUGCUGCCAUUCAUGAAGCACGGAGACCUUCGCACCUACCUUGUCCUGUCCAGGCUGGGAGACCAACCAGUUGAGGUUCCUUUUCGAACACUGUUGAAUUUUAUGAUUGACAUUGCCAAGGGAAUGGAGUACUUGAGCAGCAAGAACUUCAUCCACAGGGAUCUGGCCACACGCAAUUGCAUGUUGGACCAAGAUAUGCGUGUGUGUGUGGCGGACUUUGGCUUAUCUCGGAAGCUGUAUAGUGGAGACUACUAUAGACAAGGGAGCAUGAGCAAGCUGCCCGUCAAAUGGAUUGCGCUGGAGAGUUUGGCAGAUAAUGUUUACACAGUUUACAGUGACGUGUGGUCAUUCGGGGUGACCAUGUGGGAAAUAGCAGCAAGAGGCCAGACCCCAUACCCAGGGGUUGAGAAUGCUGAGCUCUAUGACUACCUCAUAUCUGGGCAGAGGUUGAAGCAACCCCCAAACUGCACUGAUGAAUUGUACCACCUCAUGCACAGCUGCUGGCACGCUGAGCCCAAGCUCAGGCCCACUUUUGAAUCUUUGAGAGGGUCACUGGAAAACCUCUUAACGGGCCUUUCCCCAGUCACAGAGCAACACCAGCAUUUCUACAUGAACCUACAGAAUGGGGCAGGUGCUUCCGAGUGCAAUCCUGAUCACAGCAUGGCCUGCUGGCAAGUGGACCAACAGUGUCUGGACAAUGUUGAAGCCCCAGCUGUUUCGGACACUGCCGACUAUCGUUACGUGACAGCCCCACUGAGUUUGAUGGAAGAUGCAGAGGACAACACAGCAAGUGAGGCAGAGGACCAUUUACAUGACGGACAGCUGGAAGGUGAAGUCAUUAUCCGUCUUUAACAGCUGGAAACCUGGGCCUAAUUAAUGAGCAGUGCAAUAAUGAAACUGGGGCCAAACUCCUCAGCUGUGCCUUGAUACUACACAUGGACUGAACUCCUGGAGGUUGACUAGUUUCAGCAGGAUCCAAAUCCAAAAAGACUUUCAAGAAUUCUGUUGUCAAUUAAAAAAAGAUUGUCAAUUUAUUGA